AUGAUUUGGUCAAUUAACCUUAUCUAUCUAUCUAUCUAUCUAUCUAUCUAUCUAUCUAUCUAUCUAUCUAUCUAUCUAUGUCUCUGUCUGUUUGCACGUCUCUCUCUCACACACACACUCUCUCUAUAUAUCUAUAUAUCUAUCUAUCUAUCUAAGCCAAUCUUUCUCUUUCUCUCUAUCUUUCAGUCUAUUCAUAUCUAUCUAUCUUAUCUCUCUUUCCCUCUAUCUGUCUACCUAUCUUAUCUCUCUUUAUCUCUCUCACUUCCUCCCUUUCUCUAUCUAUCUAUCUAUCUAUCUAUCUAUCUAUCUAUCUUUCUAACUUAUCUUUGUAUAUUUCUCUCUCUCUACAUAUAUUUAUAUGUAUGCAUGUACGUAUGUAUGUAUGUAUGUAUGUAUGUAUCUAUCUAUCUAUCUAUCUAUCUAUCUAUCUAUCUAUCUAUCUAUAUAUUCGGCAAAGCUUCGUCCGGGGAGGAGUAUCUAUCUAUCUAUCUAUCUAUCUAUCUAUCUAUCUAUCUAUCUAUCUAUCCCAGCCUCUUCAUUAUCUAUCUAUCUAUCUAUCUAUCUAUCUAUCUAUCUAUCUAUCUAUCUAUCAGUCUCUUCAUUUUAUAUCCAUCUAUCUAUCUAUCUAUCUCAAUUAUCUAUCUAUAUCAUCUAUAUCUAUCUAUCUAUCUAUCUAUCCAUUCAUAUCUAUCUAUCUAUCUAUCUAUCUAUCUAUCUAUCUAUCUAUCCCAGUCAUCUAUCUAUUCAUAUAUCUAUCUAUCUAUCUAUAUCUAUCUAUCUAUCUAUCUAUCUAUCUCAUCUUCAUCUAUCUAUCUAUCAGUCUGUUCUAUCUAUCUAUCUCAACCGUUAUAUAAUCUAUUUAUCUUAUUCUAUCUAUCUUCAUCUAUCUUUAUCUAUCUCUAUCUAUUCGGUCUUUUCUAUCUUUUCAUUUUUUUCUAUCUAUCCUAUCGAAAUACUGUUCACAUCUACCGUUAUAUAAUCUAUUUAUCUCAUCCCCCUUCAUCUCUUUCUCUCUCUGUCUUUCGUCCGGCGCACCAACCACUGAGCCAUCAACGAAUUGAACGUCCGUUCCCCCUUGCUCAUUACCUCCCGAGAAUGGACGUCAUUCGGACGAGAUUCCGUCGCUGCCCUUGCUCUUCCACCUCUCUCUCUCUCUCUCUCUCUCUCUCUCUCUCUCUCUCUCUCUCUCUCUCUAUUGCCGACCCUCCGACUCAUCUUCUUCCUCCGUUUCUUCCUACCUUCUUUCUUUUUUUCUUUCUUUCUUUCUUUUUGUAUGAUAUUUCCUAUACAUUACAGUUUAAUAUUCAUUCUUUCUUUCUUUCUUUUUUUCUUUCUUUCUUUCUUUCUUUUUGUUUGAUAUUUCCUGUACAAUACAGUUUCAUAAUCAUUCAUUCAUUAUUUCUUUCUUUCUUUCUUUCUUUCUUUCUUUCUUUCUUUCUUUCUUUUUGUUUGUUUGAUAUUUCCUAUACAUUACAGUUUAAUAUUCAUUCAUUCAUUCAUUAUUUCUUUCUUUCUUUCUUUCUUUCUUUUUGUUUGAUAUUUCCUGUACAAUACGGUUUCAUAAUCAUUCAUUCAUUCUUUCUUUCUUUCUUUCUUUCUUUCUUUCUUUCUUUCUUUCUUUCUUUUUGUUUGAUAUUUCCUGUACAAUACGGUUUCAUAAUCAUUCAUUCAUUCUUUCUUUCUUUCUUUCUUUCUUUCUUUCUUUUUUUUCAUAUUCAUUCAUUCAUUUAUUCUUUCUUUCUUUCUUUCUUUGUAUUUGAUUUUUUUUUCUAUUCAAUACUGUUUCACUCUUCCCUCGUUUCUUUCUUUCUUCCUUCUUUCUUUCUUUCUUUCUUUCUUUCUAAUUCUAUUUUGUGUUUUUUUAAUUUAACUUUCUUUUACUUUUUCAUUUUUCUCUCAAAUUGUGCGUUCUUUCUGUUUUUCUUUCCUUAUUUUUUUCUUUCUUACAAAUUUAUUUUUUUGCCUUUCUUUCGCCUUUGCUUCUUUCUUUCUUUCUUUUUUCUUUCUUUCUUUUCCAAAAUAUUUUGA